GUAAUUGUGUGGACUAUGGAUCAUUUUUUUAUGUUGGAGAUGUGCAGUAUAUGGAAAGAAGUGGAUGGUACUUACUGGUUUCGUGGGCGAUGGUAUAUCAUCCCUGAAGAGACUGCAGCUGGAAGACAGUCGCAUAAUCUAAGAAGGGAGCUUUAUAGGACAAAUGAUUUUGCUGACAUUGAGAUGGAAUCCGUCAUUAGGCUUUGCUAUGUAAUGAGCCCAAAAGAAUUUACCAAGGCCAAUAAUGAAGGUGAUGAUAUUUUCUUAUGUGAAUAUGAAUAUGACAUACAUUGGCACAGUUUCAAGCGUCUUGCAGAGAUCGAUAAUGGUGAAGAAGGCAAUGAAGAAGCUGACAAUGAUGUAGAUUGGGAUUAUGGAAAGGACUCAGGCUCUGAUACUGAAGAAGACAUGGAAUAUGAAGAGGAAAAUGUGAACAAUUUACCCAGUGGACCAUCCCCAGCUCAUGCAGUUGCUGCAAAUUCGUGGAAGGGAAGGAUCUUUGGGCUAAACAAAAUUGGGACAAAGAAAAUUCCAGGGCAUGUGAGAUGCCACAAGCAGACUGAACUUGAAAGAGCAAAAGCAACACUUCUGUUGGCAACUUUGCCCAAGUCUCUACCUUGCAGGACUAAGGAAAUGGAAGAGAUAACUGCAUUUAUAAAAGGUGCCAUCUGCAAUGAUCAAUGUUUGGGACGUUGCCUGUACAUUCAUGGUGUUCCUGGAACUGGCAAGACAAUGAGUGUACUUUCAGUAAUGAGGAAUCUAAGGUCUGAAGUUGAUGCAGGAAGCAUAAAACCCUACUGUUUUGUGGAUAUUAAUGGUCUAAAAUUGGCAUCACCAGAGAACAUUUACAGGGUUAUAUAUGAGGCAUUAAGUGGUCAUAGGGUUGGUUGGAAAAAGGCUCUUCACUUGCUGAAUGAGCGAUUUGCAGAUGAAAGCAAAAUUGCCAAAGAGGAGAUCCGGCCUUGUAUUCUACUUAUUGAUGAACUUGAUCUUCUCGUAACCAGAAAUCAGUCGGUUCUGUACAACAUUCUUGAUUGGCCUACUAAGCCACAUUCCAAAUUGAUCGUGAUAGGGAUAGCAAAUACCAUGGAUCUUCCAGAGAAGUUGCUUCCCCGUAUUUCAAGCCGAAUGGGUAUUCAAAGGCUUUGUUUUGGGCCCUAUAAUUAUCAACAGUUACAAGAAAUCAUUUCAAGUCGUCUUAAAGGAAUUGAUGCAUUUGAAAGGCAAGCUAUAGAAUUUGCUUCAAGAAAGGUGGCAGCUAUUUCUGGAGAUGCACGUCGUGCUUUGGAGAUAUGUAGGCGUGCAGCAGAACUUGCAGAUUAUCAUAUUAAAAAGCUAGCUUCACCUCCUGAUUCUUCUUCUGAAGGAAAAGCCCUUGUUGGAAUGGCAGAGGUAGAAGCAGCCAUACAGGAAAUGUUCCAGGCACCUCAAAUUCAAGUGAUGAAGAGUAGCUCAAAGCUGAGUAAAAUCUUCUUAGUAGCAAUGGUGCAUGAACUCUAUCAAACAGGAAUGGCGGAGACCACUUUUGAAAAGUUGUCAGUGACUGUUUCAUGCCUCUGUACAAGCAAUGGAGAAAAGUUCCCUGGAUGGGACACACUCUUGAGAGUUGGUUGUAAGCUUGGUGAAUGCAGAAUCAUUCUAUGUGAAGCAGGAGCUAAGCAUAGGUUGCAGAAGUUGCAGCUCAAUUUUCCAAGUGAUGAUGUAGCAUUUGCACUCAAAGAUGACAAGGAACUACCCUGGUUAGCUAAGUAUCUGUGAUUCAUCACUCCACCCCCAUGGUGUUCAAUUAUUUAUUCCCAAUAAAAUAUUGACUUCAAUUUUGGUCUUGCCUUAUCAAUGAUACAUUUGUUAAUUUUUGGAUUUUCCUGGUAGAGAAUUACCGUGAUUAAUUCUCAUUAUUUAAGGUUUCAAACUGUUGAAAUAUUCACCUGGAGAAACAGAAACUGUAUUUCUUAUUCAAGGAACUUUAAGGUUUGGAUAUGAGGAAAAUGCUAAUGAGAUCAGUCACUACUUUCUAACUUUUUCUCUUA